UAUUCAUAAAGCUUCUAAGAAUUUUCUUAAGAGUUAAGAAUUCUUAAAUCCACUAAGAAUUCUUAGUUUCCAUAACAACGUUCUUAACUUGUAAGAAAAAACUUAGACAAGUAAUUUUGUUCUUAGUUUUGUUCUUAACUUUAAGAAACCUCAUGAGGACACCUAACUAGUUAAGAAAAUUCUUAGUUAUCCAAUAUGGCUGCUCACGGAAACGCAAACUUUCACACUAGGAAGAAUGUUUUUGAUAUGUACACCGACAGAGAGUUAUUACGACGUUAUCGUCUUGACAGAGGAGGGAUAGAGUUUGUGACAGGCUUGAUAUCGGAUGAAAUCGAUGCACUUACCUUUAGAAACCGGUCCUUACCAGCCCUAUACAAAGUGCUUGUAACAUUGAGGUUUUUUGGCUACAGGCAAAAUGCAGCUUUGCAAUGCAGAUGACAUGGAUAUUUCACAACCAACAGUAAGUCGGGCUGUAGCGCAGACGUUAGCUGCUCUAAAUGCACCUCAUAUUGUGCAGAGAUUUGUCUCGUUUCCAUUGUGUCAAAGACAAUUAACCGAUAACGCUAAUGAGUUCGCUCACGUUGCAAACUUCCCAAAUGUGGCCGGUGUCAUUGAUGGGACACAUGUUCAAAUAAUCGCACCACACGUGAACGAACCUGCGUUUGUGAACCGAAAACACUACCACUCAAUCAACACCCAACUAGUUUUUGAUGCGCAUUACCGGAUUACCGACGUCGUCGCCAAGUGGCCAGGAUCAACACAUGAUGCACGGAUCCUUCGAGAAAGUGGCCUCCAAGUUCUCUUUGAAACAAGGAGGGUACCAGGCAACUUUCAUUUAUUAGGAGACAGUGGGUAUCCCUCAAAAACUUGGCUUCUGACACCAUACCUCCGGCCGAACAACGCUAACCAACUUGCGUAUAACCGUUCCCACAAGAGAACCCGCAGCAUCGUUGAAAGGGGAAUCGGGCAGUUGAAGAGGCGAUUUCAUGCUCUUCAUGUUGAGCUGAGGCUCAGUCCCCAUAAAGCCUGUCAGGUGAUUGUGGCCUGUGCUGUGCUACAUAACAUUUGUAAAACCAGGAACAUCCCUGACCCAGAAGAAAGCAAUGACAUUCCCCCAGGCACCCCACAGCCAGAAACGCUACCACAUCCCCCCACACCAAGCAGCAGCAGUGUGACUUCAGGUGUUGCUUACAGAGAUCAGUUUGCAAGAGUACAUUUCUCAUAGGCCUGGCAAGUAUGACAGCUUGAGGAUGGAGCAGUUGGAGUUGAGACUGGUGGACACACUCUGACUAGGGGCUCGCUCACUGUUGUCGGCAUGACUGGGACCUGCACCCCGGAGAAAUCCAGCCUCCUCAGAUCAACCUCACUGAAAGUGUCUAAUCUGUUAAAAAAAACAGAAAUUGUUAGUCAUGUCGUAAAUAAAUGUCCUACUAUGCCAUUGGUCCGAGUAACCAUAAUAACUGUUUACUAGCCUUAGAAAAUAAUAGGACCAACUGUCUGAUCAGCUACAAAUGGAGUGCUUUCUUUGGAUGUGUCACUAAUGCUGACUUGGCUGUUGCAAAUCUAUCAGUAUUCAUAAAAAUAACACUCAAAUAUUUUUAUUGGUUCAGUUUCAAGCAUUGUACCUUUUGAUGAAAUAUUAUAUUGCAUGCAUCUUAAUCCAAAAACCAUAAUUUCUAAACUGUUUGUAACGUCCUUUACAUUAUCAGCAAACAUUUCUGUGUCAUUAGCAUACUUUAUGAUAAUUACAGUUUUACAUAUGGCAAUGGCUUCAUUAGCUAAUUCAAAACCCUUACAUCCAUGGAAAGAUAAUCUUUUCAGUCAUUUACAUACAAGGAAAAUAAAAUUGGGUAGUAAUAUCGUUGUUUCAUGUUUUUAAUGGUUUUAAUGAUUUCAUCUUAACUUAUGUCCUGAUUCAAUACAGAGUUAUCUCCCAUGCCAAAGUCAUUUAGCUAACUGUCUCAAUAUUAUCACAUUAAUUUCUCUGAAAUGCUCAGAAAUCUAUAAGUGUUGCAGUGUUGCUAUCUGUCUUGUUAAUCCUAUCAGAUUUAUUCAAAAUCUUCCAAUAGUCCAAAAGGGACUUUGAUUUAAUGAUUCUUAAUCUGUUAUUUGUUAACAAAGCCAUGUCACUCUCAGUUUGGGGGUAUUGCAUAUAUGAUAAUAUGAUAAAUAAAUGUCAAAUGCCAUGUGUAUCUCAUUUCUCCAAAUAUGAGCUGCAUCACUUGUGGAAAUAUCAAAGUCCACUAUUUAUAUUAAUUUGUGUAUAUUUGUAUGUUUUCCCCAUGAAACUACCUGUUUGCAAUGAGUAACAUAACAUGUUAUUGUACUAACUCAGGGAAAUAUCAUAUGAUGACCAGAAAAUAAAUACCUGUUUGCUUCAAAGCUGGGUGACAUCGCCAGUACUUGCAGCAUGCUGGAGUCAGUGCUGUUCGGGACCCCCGAAAUGACCAUAUUGUCAUCGCCCAGGAUGUCCCGAACCACUUCCGUCACUGUUGACAGGGGGGUGCAGGAUGGACCACCUCCUUUUUUAAACAUAUCAAAUUGAUAAUCACCAUGAACAGAUUCAAGAGUUUUUAGGAUUUUCGCAGGAAAAGUCUUGUGUUUUUACUUCAAAUGCCUAUUAAACAUAUAUAUACAAAUUCAGAUUAAAGAGCCAGAUAAUAUUUUAUUUUUGUAAAAUCCUUAUUGAGUUUUGUUUAUGACAAUGUUUUAUUAAAGGAAAACCAUUAAAUGUAUAAAUAUGAAAGUGGAUCUGAAUAAAGAUAAUUCAUUAAAAUGUAUAUUGAUUUGCCAAAAUAGUAUUACAUUACACAUAUUUAAGUAACUUUAGAAAUUAUCAUUCAACCACAAACAGUUUCAUAAAUAUACAUAACAUAUAUUAAGUGAUUGAGUAGUGUAGUAUGAAUAAUAGAUGUCUUACUGUUUCCUUUUCCACUUCCAUGUGUUACAUUUCACUUCUGUUAUUUCAUGAUUACCUGUGGUGCUUGUUGACCUUUUAUAGGCUGAUAUGUCACACUUGGCUUUGGAUUGAAUAUUGUGCCACUUCUUCUCCACCUCUUCCACAGAUCUAGUUACAUCUAGAAAAAAACAUGAAAGUUAUCAAUAUAUGCUCUAUUUGUUACAAUAAAUAUCCACUCUUACACUUU